AUGAUUCGUCCACAUACAAUACUUAGAUCAAAGCUUCCAACUGUUCCCAUAUCAACAUGUAUCAAAUCAUUAAGUCUCCCAUUUCCAAGACCUCAGUUCAUGUCAUUUGAUCUAUUUGGAACGUUGUACACUCCGAAGGAUUCAGUAGCUCAUCAGUAUCAUAAAAUUUCAUCGUCACCAGAAUUUAACAUCAAGAAAUCUUUGCAAUCGAUUAAAGAAGAGUUCCCGCAAGUUUAUAACCAGUUGAUAUUAGAAUUACCAAACUGGGGCAAAGGAAAGUUAACAGAAUGCGAUGAGUGGUGGUGUGAAUUAAUUGCUCGUUUGUACAAAUUGGAUAAUACUGAUAUUAAAACCAAGAACCUAUGUGAAAAAUUGAUUAAACAUUUUACAACUGAAAAGGCAUACACAAUCUAUGAUGAUGUCAUACCAACACUAGAGUUGCUAAAGCGUAGUAAUGUUGAGCUUUUAGUAUUGAGUAAUUCAGAUGUAAGGAUAUAUGAUGUUCUUAACAAUUUGGGAUUGCUGAGAUUCUUUAAGCCCGACAAUAUCUACUUGUCAUAUGAUAUAGGAUAUAUGAAACCAGAUGAAAUGUUUUAUCAAUAUGUGAUUGAGGACUUACAACAAAGGUUUGAUCAUUUUGAUCUCAAACGAUCCUGGCAUAUUGGGGAUUCAUACAGUCAGGAUUUCCUUGGGUGUAUCAAAACUGGUUGGAAUGGUAUUUUAUUAGAUCGGCUGAUUAGAGAUAUGCAAAUGCAAUGCGAUAAUAAGAUUAUGAUAAAUAAGUUAAGCCAAUUGUCCACAUUAUUUGAUUUAAAUAGUAAGAAUGAUGUGAUAUUCGAAAAGCCGGUUGAAGUGAGAGAUAGCCCGAGCUAUUACGAAGCACAAUAA